UGACUUCCGGUCAAAGCAAGCCACGCUCUCGCUCGCUCGUUUUGCCAUCGAGUGAGGUGACCAUUUGGUCUUAACUAGACGCGGCAAUUCAAGACUGGAAAACUUAGAUCACUCAAGGUCUUGGGCUCAAAAGAUCGAGGCGAUUUAUCCUCAGAUCAUACAGGUUUAGAAGUCGAGACGAAUAUUGAGACUGCUGACUGACCUGCUCUAAUCUGUAUGGCACGGGCUAGUCCAUCAGAGAAUACUAAAAAAGAAACUAUAUCAGCUGUAUUCAGUAUUCGGUAAACGAGAGGUGCGAGGAACAAUCGGUUAGCCAAACAGUGGAGAAAUACCAGCUGUGUUUGAACCAUACUUAAAAGAGUUUGAAGCUCUUUGAAUAUUAUGAAAAGGACAUAAUUAACUGGGAAUUUGAUCGUAUAAAGACAAUAGUUCAAAAGGACGGCUGGAAGACAUUCCGUAAUCUCAACCAAAAAUGGCGUCUUUCAGAAGCAAAGCGCUCAAAGAACCGAUAAUGGACGACGAGAAAACCGAAGAGAUUGACGCUGACGAGAUACUAGACGAACUGGACGUCAAAGGAAAACCUAUUACCGACUUAAAGGCGAGUCAUCUUGGAGAAAAAGGAAGCUCUGAAUCAUCUGAAGCCGAAAUAAAGAAGAAACCAGUUUCUAACUCGACGUCGAAUGCAGCUGGUAACGCUAAUGGCGAGAGUGAAAUAUUCCAAAACGCUUCUUCGGCUUUAAUUAAACGGGGAAAAGCUCAGACAACGACGCUAGGAGAAGUUAAAGGAACAAAUUCAACGGCUAAGGUUGGUUUAGGAUGGAUAAGUUUUGAGGAAGAUAGCAAUAAAAGGGCUAGAGCUGACCUAGUAACACAACAAACCACUCAGGGAACUCCCCUUUCUACGGUUGUCAACGGAGAUUUGACUCACCAGGCUGCUAAAAUCACCGAAUCUCAAGCCCAAAUAGACGUAGUAAAAACUAGUCAAAAGUCUUCUUUGAAUUCGUCGGUGAAAGAGGAGACAAAAAUGGCAGAGGCGAAAUCGAAUUAUUCUAAUACUUCGUCAGAAGGUAACCUAAUUAAUGGCCAUAUUAGCCCAAAUGUCGCCGGAGUUGGCAGUUCUUCCUCUCAUAAUGUUGAUACUGGUCCAGUUAGUCCAAGCUGGGUGGUUUUUGAAGAUUCUUCUGAUGCUGGUAAAGCAAGGGGAUUAUCAACUACUGCUAACAGUUCAGGGGUCGUGAAGGAGGCUGUUUCUUCUUCGACUCCACCCAAACCGAACUGGGUAACCUUUGAGGAAGCAAAUAGACAGAAAAACUCCAUCCGAGAAGACUUGAGUGUCAAUGUGUCUGUUGCAAAUCAAUUUUGUGCUGCUCCAUCAACACCUAGUCCCAACCCUUUUGCAAACGCACCCAUCAUCACGCCUAAGCCAACUUCUAGUCUGUUUCAAAGUCCUCCUCCCUUGACUGUUGUCACUAGUACUAAUCCAUUUCUUUCCGAUAAUGCUGUACAAGGGCUAGCAACUGUUGACGUAUCAACAUAUACUAGUGGGGUACCUGCAUCAACUGCAUCAUCUGAGCCAUCUACAAGUCAAACCACCGAUCCUUCUCAAUGGGUCUUUCAUGAUGUUAGUAUUUUUGAGAAAGAUUUGAAACUUGACCAAACUGAGGACACAGGACAGGUUAAAGUUGACAAUAAACCACUGGAGGUUAGUCCCGCAUUGUCAGCACCCGCUGCUGAGCAUAUCGAAAAGGGGAUUGCAGCAGCAGCAGCCACAACUACUGAGAUAGAUGAAGAAAAACCAGCCAUUUUACACRAAUCAGAUGAUGAGUCUAUUGGUGAAAAUUUUACGCUAGCAACCACAAAUACUUCCUGGAACAUGCUUCUUCGUUACCCCGAUAAGAAGAAAAAGCUCACUUCAAGAGAAUGGAAAUCCGUGGUAAUUAAACUCGAUGGCAACACUUUGAAGAUUUUUGAGGAGUAUGAGCUUUCAGCGCCAUUUAGAGAGAUUCCACUUCAAGCUAGUUUUAGUUUUGAUCUACUCCGACUGCAACUCAGGGGUCACCAUGGGAAAGUUCACACAACGAAGCUGGUGUAUUUGAAUUACAAGGAGACAAGGAGUGUGCGGCAGAAGGGAACGUAUGAACACAUUAGUGAAGGAAUGCCAAUCAUAAAAGUCGGCUCAAUGAGUCACUUAGUCAUUAGAGAGUUUAUGGAAGCCAUAGGAAACUCAAUUCGCACUCUCCCUGCAUACAGAGACAGGGGUAUUACCUACCGCAAGGAUGAAGUGUUUGUCGACGUGGAUGACACUUGCUUUGCAUUAGUAAACGGCGAUGGGAAAAUUAAAAAACAAGGUGGAAAUGUGAGAAUAAAAGUAAGAGCAUUCUUAACUGGAGAUCCGGAAUGUCAAUUGGUGCUAAAUGAUAUUGUUGUCAAAGAGAGAGAAGAAGCUCGACUAAGAGGAGAACUGAAACCUCAACGCGUUCACCACUGGAUUAAACUUAAAGACUGCAAUUUUCACAAGUGUGUGGAUGCUAGCUCAUUUGAAGAGUCUCACUCAAUCAUUUUUCAUCCUCUGGAUGCAUGUACGUUUGAGUUGAUGCAAUUCAGAGUCAAACAACACAAGCCUUUACCCCUCUUAGUCAAAGCAGCAUUAAUUAUUCACAGUGAACAAAGAAUUGAAAUGAAAGCUGAAAUCAAACUUUGUCAAGAAAGUAAGAUGUCUAAAUAUGGCAGGAACAAUGUCACUUUUAGACUUCCRAUUCCCGAGACCUGGGUACCACUAUUCAGAACCAGUGGACUAUUAGGGAGAGAGAAGUCAAUUAAGUCAAGUAAAGGAAAGCGUGCGGCAGGGAUCAAGAGCAGAUUGAAGCAUUCUAGGUGUUCCAUUGCAGCAAGUAUUGGUACGGCCCAGUACGAACCAGAGUACUCGGCAGUUGUAUGGCGGAUUGACAAGCUGCCUGUCAUACAAAGCAAAGUUCCUGUUGAUGCCCCUCAGACACUGAACUGUCUCUUGGAGCUGCCGUCUGGAUUGGAAUGCCCAGAGAACUUUCAGCCUUAUGCCGAGCUUGAGUAUGAUGUGUCGUAUGUCCUUCUUUCAGAUACAACAGUAAUUGCUGUCAAAGUAUCUAACAGAAGUAUUCCAGAAAAAUGGGUUUGCUACAAAGCUCUUUACCAGUACCAUAUCGACAUGGUAGUUGAGAGACCAAAUAGUGGACCAGUCAAAGAUGUAGGUUGCACGCAGCAGUAAAAUAGGUAAUUUAAUAUUUGUCAUAUACUAUAUUCCAUAACAGACCAUUUGCCUUAAACUGCUCUUUACUGCCACUACCAGAAUCCCUUUCCACCUUAUUUUAUUCAAUUAUUUUUACUAUUCCCAUGAGGCUUAAAAAUUUUACACCAUUAUAAUUUUUCUUAAUGGUAUUUUGGUACUGGUAGUGAAACUUACUUACCAUAAAAUGCAAAUGGACUAUAGCCUUUAAUGCUUAUUUUCAUUCAAAUUCUAACUUAACUAAAUAUAAAUUUCAAAAAUAUUUAUCUGGGCAAAAGAUGCAUACAGUGUAGUUUGUGUAUAAAUAUAGUUUGGGAGAUUUUCAUUGGUAUGAUUUAUUAUUUUGUGUACAAUAGUUAUUAAUAUCUGAAUCAGAAUAUGGCUGCCUGUUGUUUACAUUUUAGCAGUCUUAAAAUGUUGUUUUUUUUGUUKKUUUUUUUUGAACCCCAAUAUGAUCUGUGUUGAGGCAAGUCAUGGCUAACUCAUAGAUCAAACCCAGAAACAAUCUGGGCUGAUCAAAUUCAUAGCUUGCCUAACUAACAGCUCAAAAUGGAAUUUAGUGUGUCGGGUUUUACAGAUGGUGGUCAACUAGAAAACCUAAAGAAAAGUGCCCAAAUUGAGCUUAUUAGAAUCAGUCGUAAUCAGUCAAACAAACCAUUUUGUCAUAUUUAAUUUUGUCUCCAUUGGUUUUUGAUACCUGGUUGGAAUUCUACUUAAAUAUCGUUUAUCUCAUGAUCUUUUUAGUUAGCGUGCAUUAUCUGUUUUAAUAACUCCGACACUGAAGAACGAAAAAAUAACAACUUGAUAGCAGCCAUACUCACUGUAUUUUGGUUUCUGAAUUGGUCAGUGGGCAAGUAGUCUCCUUCAAAGUGGCUAUUAGUUUCAUCAUGUAAUGCUCUCUCCGCUAGGGGAGACAGUGUUGCAUAAAGAUAGUAAUAGAGUGAUUUUAUUUAACUUGGAAAGAAAAAUGACUAUUUAGUUAGUACUAGUUGAUAAAAAUAAAAAAUAAAACAAUGGGUUUAGAGCCUACUAMUAACUAUUAUGCAUAAAUCUUUUCAUGGGUUAAAUAUAAUCACUCUAGCGGCUUCAUAUAUAGGAGACUAGUAAAAGUUACUAAGUCGCAAUUCAAUUCACUAUGUUAAGUAAAUCAUGUUUAUUUUUUUAAAUGAAUAUAUUUAAUAGGAUUACCACAAAAAUGUGAGAAAAUAAUCAGAGAUGUUUUUACCACAAGAAAUGGAUGGCUGAAGGACUUUAUUUUGACCACCGGAGUAACCACCACUUAAAAAAUUAGCCUGGAACCAUUACUAUUGGCUUGUUUCAGUUCUUUAUUAAAAAUAGCAUUAACUGGUACUUAUUUAAGAUGUUGAGAAAAUUAAAAUCAUAAACAAAUCAA